UGGGUGUAUGAGGGGCGGUUCUUGGAGGCCCAGGAUGAUUCCCACUGUGCCUUCUCCCUGCCACCUCAGCCCGCGAGUCCCGAGUCAACAGCUGGGCAGUGAGAGGGUGUCCCCUGUUUCCAGAGUAGGUGACCUGCACAAGGUCAGAAGUCAGGGCUCUCAUCUCCUCCCCCUGCCUGAAAAUGGCUUUAGCUGUGUGAUGAGCCUCUGAGUGUUAGGCCCCAGGUGUGUCUCUGACAGGUUCUCUGGGGCGUGGCCAGUGUCCUUCCAUCUUGCAGACUGGGGCUGUCCAGGGCCCGACUGCACCUACCCUGGCAGGAGGCGGGCAUACAGCUUGAUCCCAUCCUGUGUGCCACACCAUGGCCCAGCCUUGGCCCCCAGAACACUUGCCCUCAGACCCAGAGGAUCACACAGAGCACCAUGGGGGCUCUCCACCCCUGGGGUGGAGUUGGUGGCUUUUCUAGAAGGCUAGGCCUUGAAGGAAGGAGAUGCGGCCCGAGGACCCUAGAUGCCUCUCUAGAGCAUGAGCUCGGGCAAGAACGCCCGCUACAACCGCUUCUCCGGGGGGCCUACCAACCUUCCCACCCCAGACGUCGCAGCUGGGACCAGAAUGGAAACGACCUUUGGGCCUGCCUUUUCGGCCGUCACCACCAUCACGAAAGCUGAUGGGACCAGCACAUACAAACAGCACCGCAGGACGCCGUCCUCCUCCAGCACCCUCGCCUACUCACCGCGGGAUGAGGAGGACAGCAUGCCCCCCAUCAGCACGCCACGCCGCUCCGACUCGGCCAUCUCCGUCCGCUCCUUGCACUCGGAGUCCAGCAUGUCCCUGCGCUCCACGUUCUCGCUGCCUGAGGAGGAGGAGGAACCGGAGCCGCUGGUAUUUGCCGAGCAGCCCUCGGUGAAGCUGUGUUGUCAGCUUUGCUGCAGUGUGUUCAAGGACCCCGUGAUCACCACGUGUGGGCACACGUUUUGUCGAAGAUGUGCCCUAAAGUCAGAGAAGUGCCCCGUGGACCACGCCAAGCUGACGGUGGUGGUGAACAACAUUGCGGUGGCCGAGCAGAUCGGGGAGCUCUUCAUCCACUGCAGGCAUGGCUGCCGGGCGGCAGGGGGUGGGAAGCCCCCCGUCUUUGAGGUGGACCCCCGAGGGUGCCCCUUCACCAUCAAGCUUAGUGCUCGCAAGGACCACGAGAGCAGCUGUGACUACAGGCCUGUACGAUGUCCUAACAACCCCAGCUGCCCGCCUCUCCUCAAGAUGAACCUGGAGGCCCACCUGAAGGAGUGCGAGCACAUCAAGUGUCCCCACUCCAAGUACGGGUGCACCUUCAUCGGGAACCAGGACACCUAUGAGACGCACCUGGAGACGUGCCGCUUUGAGGGCCUGAAGGAGUUCCUGCAGCAGACAGACGACCGCUUCCACGAGAUGCACGUGGCGCUGGCCCAGAAGGACCAGGAGAUCGCCUUCCUGCGCUCCAUGCUGGGCAAGCUCUCAGAGAAGAUUGACCAGCUGGAGAAGAGCCUGGAGCUCAAGUUCGAUGUCCUAGACGAAAACCAGAGCAAGCUCAGCGAGGACCUCAUGGAGUUCCGGAGGGAUGCAUCCAUGUUGAACGAUGAGCUGUCCCACAUCAACGCGCGGCUGAACAUGGGCAUCCUAGGAUCCUAUGACCCGCAGCAGAUCUUCAAGUGCAAAGGAACCUUCGUGGGCCACCAGGGCCCAGUCUGGUGUCUCUGUGUCUACUCCAUGGGGGACCUGCUCUUCAGCGGCUCCUCUGACAAGACCAUCAAGGUGUGGGACACGUGCACCACCUACAAGUGUCAGAAGACGUUGGAGGGCCAUGACGGCAUCGUGCUGGCUCUGUGCAUCCAAGGGUGCAAGCUGUACAGCGGCUCGGCGGACUGCACCAUCAUCGUGUGGGACAUCCAGAACUUGCAGAAGGUGAACACGAUCCGGGCCCAUGACAACCCGGUGUGCACGCUGGUUUCCUCACACAACAUGCUCUUCAGCGGCUCCCUGAAGGCCAUCAAGGUCUGGGACAUCGUGGGCACUGAACUGAAGCUGAAGAAGGAGCUCACAGGUCUCAACCACUGGGUCCGGGCCCUGGUGGCCGCCCAGAGCUACCUGUACAGCGGCUCCUACCAGACAAUCAAGAUCUGGGACAUCCGGACCCUCGACUGCAUCCAUGUCCUGCAGACAUCUGGCGGCAGCGUCUACUCUAUUGCUGUGACGAAUCACCACAUCGUCUGUGGCACCUAUGAGAACCUCAUCCAUGUGUGGGACAUCGAGUCCAAGGAGCAGGUGCGGACCCUAACGGGCCAUGUUGGCACCGUGUAUGCCCUGGCAGUCAUCUCAACGCCAGACCAGACCAAAGUCUUCAGCGCGUCCUAUGACCGGUCUCUCAGGGUCUGGAGUAUGGACAACAUGAUCUGCACGCAGACGCUGCUGCGUCACCAGGGCAGUGUGACUGCGCUAGCUGUGUCCCGGGGCCGGCUCUUCUCAGGCGCUGUGGACAGCACUGUGAAGGUUUGGACAUGCUAACAGAGUGCAGGCCCGUCUUGGCUUCCUCUGCGGCCUCCCAGGCCGGUCCCAACCAGGCUGGCCAUAGGAGGGGUCUGGGGGGGGGGGUCCCUGCCUGCCCUGUGGGGACAGGCAGACAGGCUCACCUGGCCAGGCAGUGCCCUCCCCGCCCGGCGAGCCUCCUUCUGCUUGGCCUUGUGAUCGUCGUUGCCAGGACAGUGCCCAGCCCCUCUCUCUGGGUGCCAGGUACGAUGCUCGCCCGGCCCACCCUCCAUCCCCACCCCAGAUGGGACUGUGGGCCUUUUUACUCACCUUUUCUACUGUUUUUAGACUGUAUAUAGAUUUGAUUACUUCCUGAUUGAAAUAAAAGCUGCACAGACUGUG